GUCGCACUUGUGUUGGCAACCUUUUAUAACCACAAUGGAGUGAUACAGUUAUACAAUUUUAGAAAAUGUGUUUGCAUUUGGACAAAAGCGGGGCGGAAGUCUUUGUAACUCGUACUUCCUGGACUGUCAAGAGAAGCUGCAGUUAUGACAUGUCAUCCUGAAAUUAAAAAAAAAGAAGCUAUUUUUAAUUACAGUCACGUCACCUCAGCUGCAGAUCAUUAAAUAACCAAAACUAAUAAUCUGACGCAGGGGACGUUUCCUGUGGUUUCUCCCAGCAUACAACACCUCCUUCAUUUGUUUCACUUUCACUCUUGGAUUAUAUGUGCGAACACUUAGUGCUGCAGAUGACACGGUGAGAGGAUUUCCUGCUUUCAUCAUGUUAGCUGCACCUCUCCUGCUGCUGCUGCUCCUCCUUCCCUUCCCUCCCUCAUCAGGAGCCGGGCUACCAAACCAAGGCCAAGCCAAGGAUGCCCCCAUAGCCACCAACGGCCAGCCCUUCCCCUGGGACCGCAUGAGACUCCCUAAAACCGUCUCCCCCAUCCACUAUGACCUGACCAUCCACCCCAACCUGACCACCCUCGACUUCACCGGAGUCGUUCGCAUCCAGCUGGACGUGCACAAAGACACCAGCACCAUCGUUCUCCACUCCAAGAAGCUGCAGAUAUCCAAUGUGCUGCUCCUCACACCUGAAGGCAGCAGGCCUCUGCAGGUGUUGGAGUAUCCUCGUUCCCAUCAGCUCGCCCUGCUGUCAGACUCUGUGCUGACCAAAGGUAGGAGGUAUGAAGUUCAGAUGGAGUUCGCAGCCAACUUGUCUGACAGCUUCCAUGGUUUCUACAAGAGCAGCUACCGCACCAGCACUGGGGAGGUCCGGGUUCUGGCAUCCACGCAGUUUGAAGCCACCUUUGCUCGUGGAGCCUUCCCCUGUUUUGAUGAGCCCGCCUUCAAAGCCAACUUCACCAUACGGAUCACACGAGAGCCACGCCACAUUGCCAUUUCCAACAUGCCCAAGGUAAAAACUGUGGAGCUGCCGGGGGGUUUACUUGAAGAUCACUUCGAUACCACUGUGAAAAUGAGCACUUACCUGGUGGCCUACAUUGUGUCUGACUUCCUGUCUGUGAGCAAGACCACCCAGCAUGGUGUCAAUAUAUCAGUCUACGCUGUGCCUGAGAAAAUCGACCAGACGGCCUUUGCGCUGGAUGCUGCCGUCAAGCUGUUGGACUUCUACGAUGACUAUUUUGAUAUUCCAUACCCGCUUCCCAAACAGGACCUCGCUGCUAUCCCAGACUUCCAGUCAGGUGCGAUGGAGAACUGGGGGCUGACCACCUACAGAGAGACGGGCCUCCUCUUCGACCCUGACAGGUCCUCAGCUUCAGACAAAUUGGGCAUCACCAAGGUCAUCGCCCAUGAGCUCGCACACCAGUGGUUUGGGAACCUGGUGACGAUGGAGUGGUGGAACGACCUGUGGCUCAACGAGGGUUUCGCAAAGUUCAUGGAGUUUAUUUCUCUCGACAUCACCUACCCAGAGCUGCAAGUGGAUGACUUCUUCUUGGGGAAAUGUUUUGAGGCCAUGGAAGUAGACUCCCUCAGCUCCUCCCACCCAGUCUCCACCCCCGUGGAAAACCCCACGCAGAUCCAGGAGAUGUUUGAUGACGUUUCUUAUGACAAGGGAGCAUGUAUUCUGAAUAUGCUGCGGGACUUCCUGACGCCUGAAGCAUUUGAGAUUGGCAUCAUCCGAUACCUCAAGCGCUACAGCUACCAGAACACUGUCAACAGUCAUCUGUGGGAGAGCCUGACUAAUGUCUGCAGCUCAGAUGGUCUGGACGAAAGCCGAAUGAAACACCAAGAAUUCUGCUCCAAGCGCGAUGUCCAGUCUGGAGCCUCUAAAUGGUACUCCGAUGAUGAGCUGGAUGUCAGGGCCAUCAUGGACACCUGGACGCUGCAGGAAGGCUUCCCACUGGUCACUGUGGAGGUCAGAGGUCGUGAAGUCAGGCUUAGUCAGGAGCGUUACCUGAAGACAGACGACCCCUCCCUCACUGAAGGAUUCCUUUGGCAGAUCCCACUGACCUACAUGACCAGCGCCUCCAACACUGUCCAUCGCUUCCUGCUCAAAACAAAAACUGAUGUCCUGUACCUGCCGGAGGAGGUGGACUGGGUGAAGUUCAAUGUGGACAUGAGCGGCUACUACAUGGUUCACUAUGCAGGCGAGGGGUGGAACUCCAUUAUCAAACUGCUGCAACACAACCACACGGCCCUGAGCGGUAACGACCGUGCCAGCCUCAUCCACAACGUCUUCCAGCUGGUCAGUACAAAGACGGUGAGGCUGGACACGGCGCUGGAGCUGUCUCUGUACCUGUCCAAAGAGACUGAGAUCAUGGCCGUGACUCAGGGCUUUGGAGAGCUCGUACCUCUCUACAAACUGAUGGAGAAGAGAGACAUGGCUGCUCUGGAGAACCAGAUGAAGGGCUACAUUGUGGAUCUGUUCCGGGGGCUGAUCGCUCGGCAGGAGUGGACUGACUCUGGAUCAGUGUCUGAGCGAGUGCUGAGGAGCUACCUGCUGCUGUUCGGCUGCGUCAGGAACUACGAACCCUGUGUGGCCAAAGCCACCGAGCUCUUCAACAAGUGGAAGGACUCUGACGGCACCAUGAGCCUCCCUGUUGACAUCACCAUGGCCGUGUUUGUGAUUGGAGCUCGUACACCAGAGGGGUGGGACUUCCUGUUUGAGAAGUACCGCACUUCACUGCAAAUGUCUGUAAAGAGCCGCAUGAAGACUGCAAUGGCCGUCAGCCCACUGCAGGACAAGCUCCAAUGGAUGAUGGAGCAGAGCCUCCACGGGGAGAUAAUGAAGACGCAGGACCUCCCAGACGUGAUCGUCUCCAUCAGCAAGAACCCCCGUGGCUACAAACUGGCCUGGGACUUCCUCCGAGCCAACUGGCACACCCUGAUCAAGAAAUUUGACUUGGGCUCAAGCACCAUCUCAUACCUGGUGACUGGGGUGACCAACCAGUAUUCUACCAGGGAGAUGUUCGAUGAGGUACGCAGCUUCUUUGGCUCUCUGACUGAAGAGACGGGCUCAGAGAUGAGGUGUAUCCAGCAGGCUUACGAGACUAUCGAAGAUAACAUCCGCUGGAUGGACGCCAACCUUCCUGUGCUGCAGGCCUGGCUGGACAAACGCAGCCACAGAAUUGUGCAUGAAGAUUUAUAGCUCCAGGAAAGUUUGGACAGUUGCGUUGCUUAAGACAGAAACUACAAGAGGUACGGUUGCGAGCACAGCUUGAAGCAUCUCUUGGAGUCAGACUUAAAUCACAAAUUUGAUGACUUUACAUUUGAAGCAAAAAUUAAAACAACCUUAAAUUUCAAUUUUUAACUUUCCCUCUCCAAACAUAAAGAUAAAAAACAAAACAAACAAAAACAUGUGAAUGCUGUGUCAUGCAUACUUUUAAUUUCCCCUUACCUGACUGACCUGACACUUAGGACUUAAUUGUGACUUGCAAAACAAUGACGUUCUGCCACCUCUGUAAACUAAAGCCUCAAACUGUUGUUUGAUGGAGAUGUGUCUCAGGUUCAAGAGAUCUAAGGUAAUGUAGAUUUCUUCAAAGAAGCCGCAAAUGGUAAAGGUUUGAGGAGGUGACAUGAGUGAGAAAAAAAGCAGAGUGAAAGCACUCUUGACACCCGAACAUUUGUGUGCUCAGAGCUGACUGUGUGUGUUUGUAUGUUUGUCGGGGUGUGUGUGUGUGUGUGUGUGCAUGUUUUUUUGUUUUUUUGUUUUUUUUGUUUGUUUUUUCGUGAAGUGGGUGUGGGUGAUGUUAAGAUUUAAAAAAAAAAAAAAAAUUAAUGCAGGGUUUCCUGUGUGAAGUUAAUUUUCAUCAGUGCUGCGUUAUGAAUGCGGAAUGAAUAAUGUACGUUGUUGUACAAAUAGUAAAUAUUAUUUAGGCAUCAGACCACUCCUUCUCACCUAUUGUAAACAAAGCCAAACAUAAAUAAAUAAAAGGAAGGAACAUUCCCUUCAGGAAGAAAAGGCUGCCUCUAACCUUCUGUAAAAAUGCUGCAGCUGCACCGUGAAACAAUUGUUUGUAACAAAAUUUUCCAUAAUGCACUUCUUAGACUUUUGCACAGUCAAAGGUGUUGAACUGUAAUCAACAUAAAUAUUUUCAAAAUUCAAGAACACACUGCUGUAAGAUCAGAUCAGAUACAAUUUCUUUGCACUAUUUGCUUAAGUUUCCAAUAUUGGGAACAUGAAUUCUGACAUCACUGGACUCUCUUGGUAGCAUUUUUAACUUUGUUGAAAUUCACGAAUAACUGGCAAAAGAACGUGCAUCAUCAGGUUUGUUACAAAAAAGUCUUUGGUUUUUGCAACACAACAGUGAUUGCCUUAUCUUUAUGCUACUGUAAAAUCAUGUGUUGGCCAGGAUUCAUGGAAAUUCAGUUAUUUUGUAAGGAUGGUAUGUGUUGGUUUCAUUAGAUAUUGGAUUAAUAAAGUAAAUUUGACUAAA